CUAUACCAGUCCUGUGAACAUUGGUCCUCCUUGAUUCGCAACUCUCAUCAUCUCUGCUCCUCAUCUCUGCUUGAGAGUCUUGUAUCCAGCUAGUCAACUAUGCUCUCGACACUCCCGGAGGUUUCGCUCGAGGUUGUGGGGCUGGGCGUCGUCGCGGCUUGCUAUUCCGGUUUCUUGUUGCGAAGAUGGUGGAUUAGUCGAAACAAGCAGGUGCGGGUAUUAUCCCCUUCUGGGGAGGCGGUGAUAGUGGCGGAGAAGGAGACGAAAGUGAAGAGCAGGGCCGCACAGGGUCCAUUUGGAGAAUGGACGCCGGACCCGUUCGAAUAUCCUUCCAUCACACCCGUCGAGACGAAUAUAGAAGACAUGGCCCCACGUCCAUACCGACCCUUCAAAGAGGGAGAAUAUCACAUAACCAUGGGCAUCCGUAAAAUGCCCUUCGACGAAUGGAUCGAACCAGACGACCAACUCGCGACGUACCACCGCAUCCGCACACAGCGUGUCGCCGAGCGCAAGGAGCAAGUCGUACAAGUUCUGCCUGAUAGGCCCGGGGUCGUGAAGGGCGGUUUUGAGGCCGCGGAGGAACUCGCGCACGAACUCGCUGAAUUCCUGAGCCGUCGCUAUCCCAAGGUCUACUCUGUUACUCGUCACGCUCCUGGUUCAGAGAAAGGGAACGGGUGGUAUGGCGAUGGACGCAUCAAGGAGGUCACGAUCUUGCCGCUGGGCGUGCCUUAUAAUCUGGACGAGGACGAACCGAUGAAAGUCGCUGGACUAUUGACGCAGGACGAUAUGGCGAUCAUGAUUGAAGGAGAAGAUGGGGAGUAUUAUUUGCAGGCUGGGGCUAUCCUCGUUCCCGGAACGUGGCGUCUGGACGAUAAAAUCGGGAUGCCGCUCGACGAAAUCCAUUACACAGGCGAAGUCCCACUCUACAAAGAAAACCUCCAACCCUCCAUGACGCGCUUCUUCCGCCGCCUCACACCCUCGUCCCCCGUCGUGCGCAACAACUGGACGAUCCAGAAUAUCGAUUCUGAGCGGUACAGAGGCUCUAUCGACCAGACCGAGCUAUCAUGGGCGACGACGCAAGUCGGAGCAGAAGACGCGUUCCAGCAUCCUCCGUCAUCUUACAAAUCGUCUCUUUCCGCUUCCUCCUCCUCCGCCUCCUCCCAGGGGGCGAAAACGCCACACACCCCCACACCGUCGACCUCAACUUCCGCCUCCCCAACAAAGAUCGAGAACCUAAGACUGCGAACCGAACGACAGUCCCUGAGACGACUGCCCAAGUCUGGCGCGAUCGUGUUUAGCGUCCGGGUGUAUACGCUGGGCAUGGAGGAGUUGGGGAGGGAGAGGGGUGUUCCGGGACGGUUGGCGGGAGCGGUGAGGGGGUUGGCGGGGAGUAAGGGGGAGGUUGCUGCGCGCAAAAGGCAGGAGUCGUAUGAGAAGGAACUGCUGGAGUACCUGGAUGGGUGUGCGAGGGCCGAAGUAGAGUAGAUGUAUGGAUGUAUG